AGUAACUUCUGAUUCUGCCAAACAAACAGGGCCUAAUUAUACAAGCUUCGAAUUCUCAUUAUAAUAUACCUUCUUUAAUGGGGUUUUUUGUGAAAUUUGCAGACCUAAAAAUCAGAAUCACCUAUAGAUCAAUUUUCAAGAAUUGGGUAUUCUUGUUUCAUUGUGUUUUGGAAUACCCAUCAAAUGAUCUAUGAAAGUACAAGUGUAGAAUAGUUUCAGAUUACAAGUUUUCUUGAUUUGGUUUCCAGGGUUUGCAUGGAGACAUUUACAACAGAGAUGAUGCUUUAAUUGUAUGUGUAGUGUGCCUUUAUAUAUCAGCUUGUGAUGGGGAGGUUUAUAGGUGGAAUAUUGUUGCCUCUACUUCUUUUGACAGCGUCACUUCUAUAUCGGAGUUUGAUAUCUAUGGUUAAUUUGCUAGCUUUUCUCCUCAUUUCGUUCAGUGCACCAACUAUAGGUUCUUGUCACUGGAGGUGGAACCUGGUUUCCUAUUUUGUUAUCGCAUAUUCAGUGCUCAUUAUUUUUUCACAUGCCAUAGUUAACAUCAUCAUAUCUGCUAAUGGGGAAAAAUGGGAAAGUUAUGGAGCCUUAUGGUCAAGACUUCUUGGUUUUAUAAGCUCAAAUAUCGGAGAUGAAUUCGGAAUGUCUCUGUGUCAUGUUUAUUUUCUGGUCAUGCAACUUCUGGGAGCUCUAAUUGCUAUAUUAGAUAUAUACUGGAGUACAUUCAUGCCUGUGCUCUCGAGAUACCCUACUUUGCAACAUCUACUUGUUUCCCUGGAAGAAACUGGUUCUCGUCUCAGGGUUCUAUCAUGCAUGUUAGUGCCGGUUGUACAGCUAGUUGCUGGAAUCACUCAUCCGUCAGGGGUUUCCCUACCAUUUUUCAUUUGCAGUUGCAUUGGGCUUGUAGAUUGGUCAUUAACCGGAAACUUUUUAGGCUUUCUCCGGUGGUGGAGAUAUCUUUUGUUUUAUGCAGGCUUUAAUAUAGUCAUCCUGUAUGCAUAUCAGCUACCAAUUGAGUUAUCUUCUAAGUUACAGUGGAUUGCUAAUUUUAUUGGGCUCUACAAGAUAUCUUCCCAUCUGGAUUGGUCACAUUUGUGCUCGGGUAUUUCACUGCUUCUAUUUUACUUCAUGUUGUGCAGCAUCAGAUGUGAUCUGCUGGAGAUGGAUGUCAUUAUGUCUAUGAAAGGAAGUAGCAUUACUGAGCAGCUUAUUCCAAAAAAGCAUUUUCUUAUCAGCGAGUAUAGAUCCGGUGCAAGGCACACCAACAUUUUACUAAGAAGAACACUGUUCCGGACAUUUACUAUCAACUACUUUACUUAUGGAUAUCCGAUCUCCUUGUUGGCUCUUUCAUUCUGGAGCAUCCAGUAUGCCAGCUUAUGUUCGUUUGGAUUAAUUGUGUAUCUUGGUUACUUGUUGUAUACCUCCCCGUCUUUAUAUUUCUUGCACCGGUUAAAUGUCUUUCUUCUAGUCUUUGUUCUGCUGUGGGCUAUUUGUACAUACCUCUUCAAUUUGGCGUUCACAAUUCUAGACCAAAAAAUGCUGAAGGACAUGGAAGUAUGGGAAACUAUAGGUUUAUGGCGUUACCCUGUUCCAGGAUCUUUUCUACUUGCACAGUUUUGUCUUGGGAUUCUCGUAGGCAUGAGUAUUCUUGUGAGAAGUUCUGUUUUCCUGUACUUGUCUGAUAAGGAUGAGCAGACGGAGAAUGGAUAUUGUUCGAUUAGAGAGAAAGAAGAGACAGCCGUGUUGAUUGUGGCUAUUGUAGCAUGGAUGCUGCGGAAGAGCUCUCGUGCUAUAGUUCUUGUACUGAUAUUUUCAAUGGCGUCCAGACCUGGUUUUUUCCAUGCAUUAUAUAUGACAUAUUUUAUGAUCUAUUUGUUGAGACGCACUAUCAGUCGAAAGAUUCGUCAAUCAUUAAUCCUUUUUUGCGAAGUUCACUUUGCACUACUGUACAUCCUUGGCAUAAACCUGAUUGCCAAAUCUGUUGAACAGAGAAGUAGGGUGGCUGUUGAAAUUUUAUCACAUUUAGGUCUUCUUCAGCAUACUAGCUCGGUGGAAUAUUUAAAAAUUGCUUCCCUGGCGUGCUUCUGUGCCAUUUGUAAUAAUGGGUUUGACAUGUUCUUAUCGUAUUCAGCAGUUGUGCAAGAUAGUCCUUUCCCUCCAAUCGGAUGGAAUAUAUUGCAAGCUGGUUUAAAGAGAUCAUUCCUGUCAUCUGUCUACUUUUCAACAUUUCAUGAGUGUGGAUGCCAUAAUUCUUCUCAUGAUAGCGAGAUAGCGUCGUAUAUAAAUGCGAUAGGACGGAAGAUUCACUCUGCAUAUCGAUCAUGUGGAACCUACAUUGUUUGUCUAACUGUGCUUCUUACAAUUUACCUUGUAAAACCUAAUUAUGCAUCGUUUGGUUACCUCUUCUUCCUUUUACUAUGGAUGAACGGAAGACAACUUGUUGGAAAGACAAUAAGGCACCUCUGGUUUCCAUUAAAAUUGUAUGCAGUUGCAGUGUUUGCUCUCAUCUAUUGCCUCGGUAUCUUUCCCAGCCUCAAGACAUGGUUCUCUGGGAGGAUAGAUCUUUAUCAAGCCUUUGGUUAUGAUCCUGAUGCUUCAUUGUUGAGAAAUGUCCGGGAGCCUCUUGCUAUUCUAGUUGUCAUGCAAUUAUACAGUUUUGAAAGGAGCCUUAAUAAUUCUUACACCAUAGAUGAUUUUACAGCACCACAUUUUGGCAAAGUAUCAAUCUUUAAACGCCUUUUAAUAUGGCAUAGCGAGAAAAUACUACUUCUUGCCUUGUUUUACGCAUCCUUGUCCCCUAUAAGUGCCUUUGGUUUUGUGUAUCUUCUCGGGAUGGUCAUUUGCUCAGCUCAACCAAAACCUUCUCGGUUAGCAUCAAAAUUCUUUUUAAUUUAUUCGGGGUUUGUUUUGAUGGUUCUUUAUCUGUUCCAGUUGUUAGGUGAAAAAGCUGAGAUGUUUCCUGGUCAAAGGAACUCUUAUCUGUCUUUUAUUUUGGGCUUGGGAAUGUUUAGGCCUGGAUUUUUCGGCUUGGAAUCUGGGAUGAGAGGAGAAGUUCUGGUUAUCAUGGCAUGUGUUCUUCAGUAUAAUGUUUUUCAUUGGUUGGACGUUAUGGCUAGCAACUAUGUACAUAGAGGAAAUUGUGAAGAAGAACACACUUCAUUUCCUGCAACAUACGAAAGACCAGAUACAAUUCCUUUUGGCUCAAAUACUUGUAAUGCUUCUGUGGAUGUGACUCCACUCCUGGAAAAGGAAAAAGAAGCAACAAGAAACUCGCAUUCUAUUAGUGAUGACCUGUUUCAAGUUCCAGAGCCUGUAAAUAUUCAAACUGAAAACAUGGAACGAAAUUACACCAGAACUUAUUCCUAUAAUUAUGGUCGUGAAAAUUCCAAAGAAAAUCAUAAAUGGAAUAGAAAAUGGAUUGUCCUGAUGAGAAAGGAGAGGCAAGAAAUGCAGAAAGACGCCCUAAAGCUGUACAUGAAAUAUAUGUUGGAGAAUAUUUUCAGUAUUUUUGGCCUAGAAAUUAACAUGAUUGCAUUAGUUCUUGCUAGCUUUGCUGUCUUGAAUGUCGUCUCACUGAUAUAUAUUGGUUCUCUUGCUGCUUGUGUGCUUAUACCUAGGCAUGUCAUCCGGAGAUUGUGGCCUAUAUUUGUUCUGUCUUUCUUAUUAGUUCUUACCCUUGAAUACCUAUCCAUUUGGCUAAAUAUAACAUCAUGGAAAGAACAGCCCCUUAGUGAGGCAAAAAUGGCAUGCCAUGACUGCUGGAAAAACUCAGAUCAACUCUUUGACUACUGCAGAAAGUGUUGGUUAGGAACUAUAGUAGAUGAUCCACGGAUGCUCAUCAGCUAUUUUAUGGUUUUCCUGCUAGCAUGUUUCAAGCACCGUGCUGAUCACUUGUUUGGUCUGUCAGAGUUGCACAUGUAUCAGCAACUGAAACAAACAUCUCUCUUAGGUGAUCUCUCAUUUGAUACAAAAAGCAUGUGGACAUCAUUUGAUAAUCUGAGACUUUACGGUUAUUGUCACUUGCUGGACCUUGUUCUUGCUUUAAUUAUGAUCACUGGAACUCUUGAAUAUGACAUUCUUCAUCUUGGCUACCUUGCCUUUGCCUUGGCUUUCUUUCGGAUGAGGUUUGAAAUAUUGAAAAAGAAGAAUAAGAUCUUUAAGUUCUUGAGAAUGUAUAAUUUUGCGGUGAUUGCAUUCUCUCUUGCCUAUCAAUCUCCAUUUAUAGGAGAUUCCAAUGAGGAGAAAUGUGAAACAAUUAAUUACAUUUAUGAAGUGAUUGGGUUUCAUAAAUAUGAUUAUGGGUUCCGGAUCACAUCAAGAUCUGCUUUCGUGGAGAUUAUGAUAUUUAUGUUGGUGUCCCUGCAGUCAUACAUGUUUGCAUCCCAAGAAUUUGAUUAUGUGGCAAAAUAUCUUGAAGCUGAGCAACUUGACGGCUUUGUGCGUGAACAGGAAAAAAGAGCCUCUUGGAAGACUGCACAAUUGCAUUACAUACGCAAAUCUGAAGAAAAGAAGCGUCUUCGUAAUUCACAAGUGGAAAAGAUGAAAUCAGAGAUGUUUAGCCUUCAAAUGCAGCUUCACAACAUGAACUCCGGUGAUACCUUACCUAAAAUCGAGGGCACUAGGAAGAAGAGUUUCUUCGACUCAUAUAAGAAAACUAAGAUCCCUGAAAAGGAGAAAAAUGAUUUUGAGAUAAGUAAUGAAGACUCUGUAAAUUUGUUUCCAUCUGAGCCAGAUAGAUCUUUAGAAAGUGUGAAAAGUAGUCAUCCGGAAGAGGAUUCUACAGAACAUUCAGUGGGUUCUUCCCCGGAAGGUAAUGAACUUAAGGAUAGAUCUCCUGGUAUAGAUUUAUGGGAUCUAGAGAAAAGAUAUGAGGGAGAUUUUCGAGGGAACAAAACCCGAUUAGCGUCAGCUGCAAAUCUUUUUGGCCAUGGGGUUUCUCAUGUAAAGUCUCUGGGCAAUAAAGCAGUUUCCAAUCUCGUCAACUAUUUGAAUAUCAAGUACGAGGAACCAGAUAUACUUGAUUACUCAUCAGAAAAUGAUAUCUAUUAUGAGUUAGAGAAUCAAAACAUAGGAUUUGAACCAUCUGAGCAAGCACUUUCUGUCCAAUCUGCCAGUGAAAGAAAUCUGUCCCAGAAUAUAUCACAUGUUACGAAACCACGAAUUUCAGUCAUAUUCUACUAUAUGUUGGCCCAAAUUCGAUCAAAUAAUGACAUUGUCUGCUACUGUUUGUUUGUGUUGAUGUUCCUGUGGAACUUCAGUUUGCUUUCUACUGUUUACCUCGCUGCUCUCUAUUUGUUUGCUCUGUGUGUGAACACUGGACCUGGUUACAUGUUCUGGGUAAUGAUGUUGAUUUACAGUGAAGUAUGUAUUUUGCUUCAGUAUCUAUAUCAAAUCAUUAUUCAGCACUGUGGUUUUCGCAUUCAUUUUAGGUUCCUUAAGGAACUUGGAUUUCCUGAUUACAAGAUCCAGUCGUCGUUUGUUAUCAGUAUAUGGCCACUAUUUCUACUUUAUAUCUUUACUCUCUUCCAGUCUUCGAUAUCUGCAAGAGAUGGUGGAUGGACUUCAGUUACAGAAUUUAGUUCUCAGAAGAGAAGAGGUUUGCAUUGGGAAGAAUCCUCGCAAAUUUUCUCUUGGUGGGAGAGACUAUAUAAACCGCUGCAGGGUAAGAUGCAACAUAUAAUUAAAAGCAUGUUCAGGUAUUGGAAUUCUGUAACUCAAGGAGCUGAAGCGCCACCAUACUUUGUUCAGCUCUCAAUGGAAGUUAACGUGUGGCCAGAUGAUGGUAUACAGCCAGAGAGAAUAGAAUCAGGUCUAAACAGAUUACUUGAAGUCUUUUAUGAUUUGAGAUGCAAAGAAAGGGUUCAAGAUAAUUCCCGUUUAGCGAGUAGAGUUCGGGUCCAAAGCAUUGAAAGAAGUCCAGAAAACCUUAACAUUGCAUUGGCUGUUUUUGAAGUUGUGUAUGCGUCCCCAUCAGAACCUGUGCUGGAGGAAUGGUCCAAAUCAUUAACUCCAGCAGCUGAUGUGGCUGAAGAGAUUUUAGAUGCUCAGUGUGCUGGAAUUUUCCAAGAUGUAGGAUUUCCAUAUCCAGUAAUAUCUGUUAUUGGUGGAGGAAAGCGAGAGAUUGAUCUGUAUGCCUAUGUUUUUUGCGCAGAAUUGGCUGUUUUUUUCUUGGUCGCCAUAUUCUACGAAUCAGUCAUAAAAAAUAAAAGCGAGUUUUUUGAAGUAUAUCAAUUAGAAGAUCAGUUUCCGAAAGAGUUUGUAUUAAUCUUGCUGAUACUCUUUUCCUUGAUUGUACUUGAUCGUAUAAUCUAUCUCUGUUCCUUUGCCACGGGAAAAGUCAUCUUCUAUCUUUUUACCCUGGUCCUUUUUACAUCUUAUGCAAUGAAAUACGCUUGGAGUAUGGAGCCUUCACACCAGCGUGCAGGACGAUUAGCACUUCGUGCUAUUUUUCUCACAAAGGCUAUAUCUCUUGCACUACAGGCUGCACAGAUUCGUUAUGGAAUUCCUCGCGAAAGUACUUUGUAUCGGCAGUUUUUGACAGCUCGUAUCUCCCAACUUAAUUUUCUGGGUUACCGAAUGUACCGUGCUUUACCAUUCCUAUAUGAAUUAAGAUGUGUCCUGGACUGGUCUUGCACAAGUACAUCUUUGACCAUGUAUGACUGGUUAAAGCUGGAGGAUAUAUAUUCUAGUCUCUUUCUUGUCAAAUGUGACGUGGACUUGAACAGGGCUACACAUCGUCACGGACAAAAGCAACCAAAAAUGACUAAAUUCUGCAAUGGGAUAUGUGUGUUCCUCGUCUUAGUGUUUGUUAUAUGGGCACCUAUGCUGAUGUACAGCAGUGGAAAUCCAUCAAACAUUGCAAAUCCCAUCAAGGAUGCGAGUGUCCAGAUAGAUUUACAUGCACUAGGUGGAAGGCUGAGUUUAUUCCAGACGACUCUCUGCAAAAAGAUUUCCUGGGAUGAGGUCGAUGUACAUGUUAAUCUAGAUCCUCAUGGUUAUCUGACUGAAUACAACAAGCAAGAUGUUCAAUUAAUAUGUUGCCAAGCUGAUGCAAGCACCUCAUGGCUUGUUCCUCCUGUUGUCCAAUAUAAGUUCGCUCAGUCUCUCAAGAAGAGUAUGAAAUUGGUAUUUUCCUGGAAAUUUACGAGGAACAGGCCAAAAGGAAAGGAAGUUGUGAAGUACGAUUUGCAUAUUGAUGAACGUGAUCUACCAAGACCAGAGGAAGUAAUAGGAGUACUAAAUGGUAGUGUUAAUACUGUAAGGAUAAGGAAUCUUUACCCAAAAUACUUCCGAGUCACUGGAUCUGGUGAUGUUCGGCUUCUUGAAGAAGCUGUCAAUAUGUUUAGCGGUGAUCUUUCCAAAAAUCAUGGGUAUCCGGAGUGGUGGUCUUUUCACGAUGUAGAUGCUUCAGAGAUAACUGGCUGCGGAGAGUUGGCUGGACCGAUGGCCAUUAUUGUCUCCGAGGAAACACCACAGGGCAUUAUCGGAGAAACACUCAGCAAAUUCAGCAUCUGGAGUCUGUACAUUACAUUUGUCUUAGCAGUAGGUCGCUUCAUUAGACUGCAGUGUUCAGAUCUAAGAAUGAGAAUUCCUUACGAAAAUCUACCUUCAUGUGACAGAUUGCUAGCUAUUUGCGAAAAAAUCUAUGCAGCACGAGCAGAGGGGGAGCUCGAGGUUGAAGAGGUUCUGUACUGGACCCUGGUAGAAAUUUAUCGGUCCCCUCACAAGCUGAUCGAGUACACGAAACUAGAAUAAACGUCAUCUUUGAAAACCGGAAAUGUAUGAUCAGCUUUCAGUUUUGAUUCAGUUGAAGUGUUGAACUACUGGAAUCAGCAUAAGAAGCUCAAUGCUAUGGAUUCCCAGGACUUGGCUUGAACUGCUAUGGACUUGAAGUUCUUGCGAAAUGCAGAACAUCCUCAAAUGAUUCGCAGUAAUUUGGAGCCCCUCCCGUGUAUAUGAAUAUCAUUUGUUGUCGAAAUUAGCCAGAUUGGAAAUGGUGCAGUAUUUGUCAGUACAUUGUUCGAUCUCUUUUUAUUCAAUGCAGGCAUUUCUAAGUUUGAGAAAUAAUGAGAUAUUUCGACACAGAAUUCGUUGUAAAUAAUUUUAUUUCAGCCAAUAAUGUGAUCGGAAACAAGAACUGUU